UGGAGCGGAGGGAAGGAGAAGAAGGAGUGUGCGGGGCUCGUCCUCUCAGACCUUACGUCAGACAGAGGAGCACGCAGCUGACAGCGACGGGACGAGGAGGAUGUAGCUCACCUGUGGAGAGCGGCGUGUCGUGCGGUUAUCACGGGACUUAUUCAAGAGUCAAUGCAUUUGCAGUUCCUCACCAGUGAUGAGUUGGCUCCUGGUGUGGAUUCUAACUGCAGCCGGGAUUCAACAGGCCUACUCCCAGAAUUCCACUGCCAUGCCACCUGCGACAGCCGUCACAUCCCCAGCUGCGGACGUGUAUAAUCGCACACAGUACUGCAAGUGGCCCUGCGAUUGCCCCAAAGUCACCCCCCCCUGUCCGCCGGGCGUGAGCCUCCUCACGGAUGGCUGUGACUGCUGCAAGACCUGCGCCAGCCAGGUGGGCGAGGUGUGCAACGAGGCAGACACAUGCGACUACCACAAAGGACUGUACUGUGACUACAGCUCGGACAAGCCUAGGUACGAAAAAGGAGUGUGUGCAUAUAUGGUGGGAACAGGCUGCGAACAUGAUGGCGUGAUCUACCGUAACGGGCAGAGCUUCAAGCCCAGCUGUAAAUACCAGUGUGUGUGUGUGAACGGCGCCAUCGGCUGUGUGCCGCUGUGCGCAGAGUCCCAGCCUCCGCGGGUCUGGUGCCAAACCCCACGCCGGGUCAAAGUCAGGGGACAAUGCUGUGAACAGUGGAUCUGUGAUGAGCCCAAAAGAGGGCGCAAGACUGCGCCACGACACGCAGUAGAGGCUUCCCCAGCUGAGACCAGGAGCUGGCAUAAGAACUGCAUUACCCAGACUACCUCAUGGAGCCCCUGCUCAAGGAGCUGUGGUCGCGGCCUGUCCCUGAGGAUCUCCAACGCCAACGAGGAGUGUGAGCUGGUCAAAGAGUCUCGCCUGUGCACCCUGCGGCCCUGUGAGGUCAACAUCACCAAACACAUCAAGCCGGGAAAGAAGUGUCUGAACAUCUACAGGGAAGAACUGCCUUCAAACCUCACCAUCUCUGGCUGCACCAGCAGGAAGCAGUACAGGCCCAAAUACUGCGGCGUCUGCACAGACGAGCGCUGCUGCAUCCCCUACAAGUCUAAAACCAUUGAGGUGGAGUUUGAGUGUCCUAACGGGACAGGGUUCACCUGGAAGAUGCUGUGGGUCCAGGCCUGCUUCUGCAACCUCAGCUGCAAAAACCCCAACGACAUCUUUGCCGAGCUGGAGAGUUACUAUGGUCACCCAGAAGUCAUGAACUAACAGGUGGCAAUCUCACUCUCUGCCUGUGGGAGGAUCUUGCCUUACUCCUGGCCUCUUUUUUUUACUCAAUGAUUUAUAUUUGUGAUGCAUAUGAAUAUGUACAAGGGAUUUUCUUAGUCUUUUUUUCCUAUUGGAAGAAUCUGUAUAUGUGUCUAUAUAUAAAUAUAUAUGUGUCUCCUGAUUGGAUUCAUAAAGCAUGAUGUGCUUUUGAAGAAUAUUUGAAGCACUGCUUUGCAAAUGAAAAAAAUAUUCAGCCAGUGAGUGUGUGAAAUAGUGAGGGCUUAAUUUAUUUAUGCAGCUUUUUGCAUAUGAAAUAACAUGUCAUGUUCUUGAUGUGCUUUCAAGAACAGUCAACAUCACAAGUCAACUUAGAUAAUAAGGCUUUACUAUUUUACUAAAAUGUACUUUAUAAGAAAUGUUAAAAAGACAGAAAUUAACUGAGGUGCCAAGAAAAAGAAAAAAAUAUUUUAAGACCGCAUGUCCAAAUAUUAAAAUAAUGACAGAAUCAGGGAAUAUCAGUUACACGUUUUUUAUUGUCUUUUUUUUUUAAUAAAUACAAACGUUUAUGUCUCUUUAAUGCUUUUCUAGAGCAUUAGACGGUUGUAUGUCACUUCUUUACAAAGCUGUGUAUGUGUUCUACAAAGCUAAAUGUUGCUGUAGUGCAAGUAAAAUACAAGAGAAUAUGAUGUUGGGUAAGUUCUAUGGCUAUCCGCAUGUUAAAAUGUGAACCUAUCCACAACCACAUAGGAGCA